AUGGCCACGCAAACUCCUCCGGAGCAGGAUGCGGACCACGACCGCAUCCUUUUCCCGAGGGAGUGGGUUUCGCCCGAACAGGAAGUGCAGGAAGCUGGCAUCAUCCGAAUAGAAGACCUUUUUGGCAGAGCGCCCACCACAAUUGACGCCCUCUACUCCCUUGGGACCACAUGGAUCACAUCCCUACAAGCCGAACAACCGACCCCCGGCAACCCCGGGGCAGCAUCUGGAGAGCUCUGUCAGCCAGAUUUUGGCGAGGAGGACACGGUCUCAUCAGACAUGACUGUUACUGAGACAGCCCUGGCACCACCAGCACCUGAUAUGGAGUCCCCCCCAGCGGACGAUGAUCUCAUGGGCACCGGUGAAUCGGAAAGCGAGCCAGCGCCUCCAGAAUCUUCGGGGGAAUAUGAGGACAUCGACAUGGGCACAUCAGCCACCCUUCCCUUGGCCUCCGACUGUCCAUCGACGAGGGCGCUGGGACUACCUCCUGGUCGUACGGCUUGCGACAACGACACACAUCUAGAAGCUGACGCCGUAUCACCAGCGCCGGUGGCAAACGAAGAGGGAGUCGUAGCCGCGCGAGGCCAAUGUUGCAUCUUGGCUUUGUACUGCGCCAAAAUGCAUCACGAAUGGUCCACACGGUCCUCGCUCGACCCCCAGGUAGUGUCUGGCAUCACAGACCUCAAACACAGCAUCAGGGACGUCAUGCAGACAAACCCAGCUUUCCUCGGCCAAUACAACCCCCGUUGGAUGCAACGUCUUACCGACACCUCCAAAGCCUCACAAGAAACGGUGGAAGCCUUCAUCGACAAGUUCUUCAGCAGGCUUCUUGCGGCACACCCAGCGCAGGGCGUCGAUAAACUGGAUUGGUGCGGGUACCCGGAGAUCGCUGCGGCUUCAGCGGUCUGGCAACAGCCAGUAUAUGUUCUUCAGGAACAGGAGACGGAGCAUACAUGGUGGCUUUGGAGGGUCGGGUUCAUGCCCGGCCAAGAAGAUAUCGAGAAGACACCAAUUCCGGUGGGCAACUGGACGACCAUUUUCAUAACGCUUACCAGCUCCGACGUUUUGCUCGUUCACAAACGCGGAACACACUUUGACUCAAUACAUCUCACCCCCCCCCCACGAACAUCGGCGGCACUGACCCCGGGUCGGCGAAUCAAAGCCCCUCCCAAACUUCCCGUCCGAUAUACAAGACGCCUCACUAAGUGGCUGAAAGACAACACGGACAGCGUGCCUGCCGGACUGUUGACCACUCCGAUCAACGAAGCGGCCCAGUUGGAGCCGCUCUUGGAGCAGUUUCCCCUCACGGCUAGAUCCAUGAUUUGGGAAGUCGGAACCCCGGAGGUCCUACUCAGCAGGUGCUCCCCCCCGAUCUUGGUCACCUGGGGUAAACAGUUGCUAGCGGCAAUGGCCCGGGUCACCCUAACCCAGAUCGCCUCCCUCCACAAGAAACCUGAACUCACCGGGCUUCUCGAUACCUGGAAGGAGGAUAUCGUGCGGGCCGCCUCAGUGGACGCAGCAGUACAGUUGGCAACUAACCAACCCAGAUGGGGCGAGCUGCUCGCCCGGGCCGAAACUCCUCCAUCUGAAGGCGAAAUCCCUGACCUCCCCUCCCUGCGUGGGGUACUCCAACUAGUCGAGACGGGCAACUUACUGAAUAUCUGGGACCACCUCCCACUCGGAGGAUGGAAACAAUUAUCACCGUGGGUGGCGCAACAUGCCGUGAGGCCGCCGGUGACCCCCACCAGGCAGUUCUCUCCCUCUGUACCUACCCCAUCCUCCGCACUGCUUCCUGCUACACACACCGCUCAAUCUCCUCGAGGCCUUCCUUCAUCACCUUUCCGCCUCCUCACCCAAAAUGUGGCCGGUUUCCGCCACGACACCGUGGCGGCAUGGAUGGCAAGUUGGAAGCGCAAGCCACUCUCUGGCACGGCGCUGGGCACGUUUAUGGAGCCUCAAAGGAGGCGGCUCCCCUGGUCCUUCUGGUCUGUGACGCCCGAUCGCUCUCAAGAGGUGGCCAUCCUUCUGAACCCCUUUUCGGAUCAACAUUUCACUCUGGACACGGCACACGCGAUCCCAGGGAGAUAUCUGCAGAUAUCCUCGGUUACCUUUACGCUUGCCUCGAUCUACGCACCAAGUGGGUCCACGGGGGAACGCCGAGAAUUCUUUUCGACUCUAACUGGCAUACCUCCCACACCCACCCGGAUGAUUGUGGGCGGCGACUUCAACUGCGACUCUGCCCCUCAGUGGGACGUAACUCCACCACACCCCGCCGACGGCAAGCAUCGGAGUGUGCGGCCAUGGAGACCUGGGUCACUGUUGUGGAGGGCGACUUAA